GUGUCGUUACAAAUUUAGGCUAAAAACUGAAAAGGAAAGUACAGAUAACUUGUAGCUACAUGCUAUCGCAGAUCUACUUUGGUCGUUAUAGACAUAGGUUAAUCUGUCCAGUAACAAAUCAAUACACAUUCUUCCUAAUCAUAGCACAUAUUAUGAAAGAAAGUUCCAAUAUAGCAGUGUUUGGCAUUUCCCUGACAAAACGGGAACAUAAACAAGCAGAUAAAUUUAGAAAGGACAAAACAAAACGCGGAGCUCCGCCUGGGGACAAACCUUUGACAGCUGUCAGCGAGAUACGAACGACCGCUCACUGACUUCACGGUGUUUCACCGGUGCCGACUGUGAUUGGUCAGUGUAUCACCUCCUUCGACUACGAUUGGUCAUCGUAUCACCUCCUUCAACUGUGAUUGGCCAGCCUGCUUUACGGCGUGGAAUGUGAUUGGACGGUCAGGUUCACAGGGUGACCUCCUCCCAGCUAACUGUGUGUAAUAACAACAACUCCCCGUGGUUGGAAACGUCGCUAUAUUAACUAGCUCAGAGUUGUUUUUUAAUUAUUACCGACGGAGUUCACCUUCAGCAGAGGAUCAUUUUUUUAAAUUUUUAUUUUAAAUAUUUUGUCGACGUUAUUAGCAACGAAGAGACGGACGUCCGCUGUUAGUUGUAAAGACAAGGUUUUUAAAGAUAGUAUUCAGAGAGACUUCAAUAACAAAAUAUGAACUUCGUUCAGCUCUGAAACAAGAAGACUUUUAUCAUCAUUAUUACUAUUAUUAUUUAAUUUAUUAGUUUACAAACUAUCCCGUGUAUCGGUUGACAGCGACCUUUGCCCCAGUGGGCACAGAGUUGCAGCAUGUUUCCUCUGGACUCUCCGUGGAACAUCUCGUUCGCGGGCUGCGGCUUUCUAGGUAUCUACCACAUCGGCGUGGCCAGCUGUCUGCAGGAACAGGCUCCCUUCUUGGUACAAAACGCCAGGCACGUGUAUGGAGCAUCAGCUGGUGCCCUCACCGCCACUGCUGUGGUCACUGGAGUAUGUCUUGGGGAGACCGGCGCAAGUAUCAUCGAGGUGGCCAAAGAGGCGAGGAAGCGGUUCCUCGGGCCCAUGCACCCGUCCUUCAACCUGAUGAAGAUUGUUCGCAACACGCUACGGCGCACCCUGCCCGCUGACAGCCACCACCGGGCCAACGGCCGGCUGGGAAUCUCUCUCACCCGGGUCACAGAUGGAGAAAACGUCCUGGUGUCCCACUUCAACGACAAGGAGGAGGUGGUGCAGGCAUGUGUGUGCAGUGCCUACAUCCCAGUAUAUUGUGGACUCAUUCCGCCAACAUUGCAAGGAGUGCGAUACGUCGACGGAGGAAUCUCAGACAACUUGCCUCAGUAUGAGCUGAAAAACACCAUCACCGUUUCCCCGUUCUCCGGAGAGAGCGACAUCUGCCCCCGAGACACCUCGACCAACAUACACGAGCUGCGCUUCACCAACACAAGCAUCCAGUUCACUCUCACAAACCUCUACAGAGUCUCCAGGGCACUUUUCCCCCCAGAUCCAAUGGUUAUGAAAGCCAUGUGUAAGCAGGGAUACAAAGAUGCGAUGCACUUUUUAAAGAAGAACGGGUUGCUUAACUUUAACGGACCUCUGAAAGACAGACCCCUGAUGGCCAACGCGGAGGAAAACGAGGAUGAGGAGGAGGAGGAGGAGGAGGAGGAGGAAGAUGAAAAUGAGAACGUAGAGGAAGACAAGUCACGUGUUGAAGAGACGGCGGUGAUGGUUUUGGCCAGUUCCUCGUUGGAGGAGCAUAUCAUUGAGCGCCUUCCACCCGCCUUGCACAAAGCUCUAGUCGAAGCCUGCAUCGAGAGGAGGAGUCUGGUGCAGUCGCUAGGCAACCUACUUCCCGUCAGGAUGGCGUCGGCCAUGAUGAUCCCCUACACGCUCCCUCUGGAGUCUGCCAUGUCUGUGACUGUCAGACUUCUGGAGUGGCUGCCAGACGUGCAGGAAGAUGUGACGUGGAUCCGAGAGCAGUUAUCGAAAGUCACGCAGCAUGUCUUUCGCCAGGCCUCCAGAAGCUUUUCGCAGCAUGUUUCUGCCAGAUUGUUCUGCCAGCUGGAGCUGCACCGCUACCACUCCCUCCCAUCCCAGCUCGGCUCCACCAGCCUGCUUCCCACCUUGGCCGGUGGGAGUGGUCCUUCGGUCCAGGACGUCUUCAAGCGUCUCGACCAAUACAAGAGACAGCUGCUGUCUGGAGUGCUCUGUGUCAACAUGGACCUGCGGGGCUCCUUCAAGACCGGAGUGAUGUCACCAGAUAACCGCCCUCCGUCAAGCCUCUCUCCGCAGGACUUUGCAGUGCACUGAGGUCGUCCGGAUAUUCCACGUGUUUCCAACUCUUUUAGGUUCAAAUGUAAUUAUUCCGAACCCAGAAACAGUUCAAAAGAAUUGAAAUGUGCUUUGAAUAUCUGUUUUCUUCCUCACAUUUAGAUAUUUUUAAGCUGCCAGAACGUCGUUACAGCUUAAUCAGCCCCUCUGUGUUCUAGUUGCAAAUGGUCGUGUAUUAAUCAUUACUAAGUAUUAAAUAUUUUUGGACCAACACAUGACAGUGAAAUGAGCCACACUAUAGUUAGACACGUCUGUGCUGUAGGACCUCAGAACUGCAUUUAAACAUGCGCUCGGUCGUGUACAAACUUGAAUUGCAGGAUGUUAACAAAAAUGCGCACUUGAAGUAGCAUAGUUAAAAUAGGCAAGUGUUUUUAGUGGAAUGCUGUCAGACCAGUAGUUAUGCAGCGUUUUCCUGUCGUGUGCGGUUAUGAACUUUAAGUUACUUGUGCUGCACGGGCAGCGUAAGGGCCGGAGGGAGAACAGUGGACGCACCAAGAUGUUUGUUACAAGCAGUUACUCCAUUUAUGCAAUACAAGUGUCAAUGCGCUAUUGUCAGAGGAACACACUGCCUCUGUGUUUCUGGGUUCGUAUUAAGGCCACUGGCUUGUGUGUCAUAAAAAUUAUUUAUAUGUAAAAUACCAAGCUGCUUUGCUCAUUUGCCAAUCAGAGAAACUGGGUUCUAUCAUCUUUAUGUACAUGAACGUUACAACUCUUUUUUCAUUUUGAAUCUGUGAAUUAAUUAAUUAACUUUUAAUCCGUGUACAGUAGACUAAAACUGUAAAUGCUGAUUUAUCAGUUUAAUCUGAAUUACACCUUUUCUUCUUAGAAAUAUCACCUAUCUGUGCCUUAAACGGUAAUGCAAUGAUUGCCAAGUGAAUUAUUGUCUGUAAAAAAUGUCGCAGUUAAUAAUAUUUAUGUGAUCAUAAAAAUAAACUGGAAUUGUUUAGCAUUAA